AUGGCAAGCAGUGCAGAGGUCAUCUCUCAACUCAUCGCAUACUGGGGCUUCUCGUGCCCAAAGGAUGGAAGCUUCUACAUCUGUCCUGAAAUGAAGCACGAGUUUCUCGGUUGCUGCACCGUCGACCCAUGCACCGAGGAACGAAAUGGUGUCUGCCCGGACGACGAACUCCAAGUUGCAUCCUUCUCUUCCGCAAAAUACAAACUUCUUCCGGGUCAAUCAUGCGACGUCUCAAUUCAAGAAGCAGUAUUCUACACAUGCGCAAAUGCUGCGCCUCCAUUUAUGGGUUGUUGCGCUGACAAUCCCUGUAACGCUGGUUGUCCCAAGGAUAAAUUAAGACCGACGGUUUUGAAUAAGUUGCCGGGUGAGGAAUGGAAACGUGACUAUAUACUCAACCCUGCCGGCACCGGCAUCAGCUAUAACAGCACCAAGACCAAACCCGAGGCCCCCAGCAGCAGCAGUGCCGAGCCCGAACCCGAGCCCCCCAGCAGCAGCACUGGAGGACUAUCCACUGGCGCCAUUGCCGGCAUCGCUGUAGGGGCUGUUAUUGCAGUUCUCAUCAUUGUUGCUGGGAUUCUGUGGAGGUGCGGAUGGUUUCCUAAGAAGAAGAAGGAAGGGAACAUACAGGAAGGGGAUGUGCCCGGAGCAGCCAUGUCUCAAAUGGGCCCCAUGACUCCCAUGGGCCAGCAAGCAUACCUACACCAAGGACAUCAGGGAUACGGACACGUCGAUGAGAGCGGACGGUCAGUCAUGAGCAGCCCAAGUACAGGCUACAUGCGAGACUCAUAUGUGAGUGGUCUCACUGCUACCGGCAGCCAGUAUGGCCCUCUUUCUCCCGCCUUCUCCAAGGCAGGUUUUCAGAGCCAACACACGUCACCGAAUCUUGGGCAAGAAGGCUUUGAUCAAAAGUACGGCUACAAUGCUUUCACAGGCUACCCGAACAACGGGCUGGGACUAGAUACCGUUUCAGAAUUACCUGUCACCGACCACCAUUAUGGCGCGCAGGAACUACCCGCGGGGAACCAUCCCGGAUUUGAGAUGGACGCCGGCGCCGUUCAGCGUCCAGAGGAACAAAAUAGGCCACAGCAGCAUGUGGGCUACCAGGAGGGCGACCGGCAGGACGUUAACCAGGAGCAAGCUGCUCUGCAUGGCGAUGAGAGGAGGAAUUGA